AUGUUUAAGUCACACGUCAGAAAGGAUAUUGAGACGCUAUCUCAAUCGGAGCGUGAUACUCUGAUUCGAGCUUUCGACUACAUCGGCAAGCUCAGCCCGGAAGAUCCCAACUCGUUCUUCGCUCUCGCCAGCUACCAUGGCUUGCCUGGGCCUGAGGGAAACUCGCAGAAAAUGUACUGCCCUCAUGGGAAUGUACUUUUCCCAACUUGGCACAGAGCCUACCUUUUGCGCGUGGAGAAAGCUCUGCAAAGUGCUCCAGGAUGUGGGCAUCUCGCUUUGCCCUACUGGAACCAGACAUCUAAGAGCUCUCUGAAAGGUGGACUUCCGUCCAUUUUCACAGACAAGAGCUACACCUUUGCAACCGGUGACACCAUCAACAACCCGUUGUACUCCUACACCAUGCAGAAGGCCGUGGAUGGCCUCAAGUACAGCAGUAACGCCACACACUCGAAGCCUGUUGGUUACACCACUGUUCGUUAUCCUUACUCCGGAAGGGUGGCUUCUGAGGAGGUUGCGGAGGUCAAAUCCCGCAACAGCAGCCUCGAAGCGCUGCCUCAUAAGACGAUCACCGGAGCUUUGGAUGAGAACAUCAGGAAGUGGCUCGCACCUGGGUCUUUUCCUGGCGUGGCAGAGAACUACCACCAGUCCCUGGACGCACCGAGUUACACGGUGUUCUCCAACAUAGCUUCCGCCCAGGAAUGGAAUACGAUGAAUGCGGGAAACCCUCAAGUCCCCACUGUUGUCCCACUUGAGUUGCCUCACAACUCUAUGCAUCUGGCCAUUGGUGGCUUCCAAGUCCCUGGUGCCCCAUCUGUUCAUUCAGCUUCGCAAGGCGACAUGGGAGAGAAUGAGACGGCAGCCUUCGACCCCGUCUUUUACUUCCACCAUUGCUUCAUUGACUACAUGUUCUGGAAGUGGCAGGACCAGCACGGCCAGAAGGAUCAUCUCGACAUUAUCCCCGGCAUGCAGGGUAGCAAGGGGGCUGACAUCGACACGCCACUUGAACCAUUCACCAUGAAAGAUCCCAAUACGGGAACCGAGCGAUGGAUGACCUCGAAGGAUGUCAUCGACACUGUCAAGCUUGGCUAUAACUACGCAAAGCCCCAGUGGCAGAAGGUUCAUGCAACCAUUCGGGAAGCCGACGCGGUCAACGCCCCGAAGCUGACUGUAAGCGGAAUCAAUCGGUCGAAGAUUCGUGGAUCCUUUAUCGUCUCCACAUGGGUGAAAGGACAGAACGGGGGGCCUGAGAAGGUUAUUGACAUCAAGCCUAUACUGAGCCGAUGGGAAGUCGACAGCUGCGAGAACUGCCAGAACUAUCUGGAUGUGAGAUCCCACACACAGUUGACCAACUUCACCGACGAAGAGAUCGAAGACAUGGACUUCUUCGCUCUUGUGCAUACCAGAGAGCACCCCGAUGGCAUCGACACAAUCGAUGGGCAACCUAUUGAGGUCGAGUUGGGUGCGCUGAGGGGUUGA